AUGGAUUCUAGUAUGGAGGAAAUGAUAAAAUUGCUAGGAUUAGGGAUGGAUGAUGCUCCUGUUGUGGGGAUAUGGGGGAUGGGUGGAAUAGGUAAGACAGCUCUUGCAAGUGCUAUUUAUGCCCAUAUCUCUUGCCAAUUUGAAGGUUGCAGCUUCAUUGAAAAUGUUAGAGAAGUUUCAGAAAAAGGUGGUCUAAAAACUCCACACGAACAACUCAUUUCCGAAAUCUUAAUGGAGAAAGAUUUGAAAAUAGGAAAUAUUGGUAGUGCCUUAAGUACGAUAAGGAACAGGGUAUGCCGCAAGAAGGUUCAUAUUGUUCUUGAUGAUGUGGAUGAAUCAACAGAACUUGAAAAAUUGUUAGGAGAGCUUGAUUGGUUUGGUUUUGGAAGUAGAAUAAUUAUAACAACUAGAAAUCAACACACAUUAAUCAGAUAUGGCAUAACACAUAUUUAUAAGGUUGAGGAAUUAGGAGAAGAUGAAGCUACAAAACUCUUUAAAUCAAAAGCCUUCAGGAAACACCAACAAAUGGGAGGCUAUGGAAAACUUGCAAGGGUGAGUGCUAGUGUUGUGGUCUAUGCUCAACUUUCAAAGCUUGAUGGGGUUCUGGGAAGAAAAUGUGUCGGUGGAAGCAUAUUGAAGGGAGAGAAAUUUGAAAUUUCUCUGGAGAGUCCAUGA